UUCCUUUCUAUUAAUAGUCUCCAUCAUAUCACCAAUAUUGAAUUACCAUAUACUCUAUCCAAAAUGGCCACCAAACAUCAAUUUCUUUCUUCUGUCUUAUUCCUAGCUCUUGUCCAAACCUCAAUUGCUGGUGGCAUAUCCAUUUACUGGGGCCAAAACGGAAACGAAGCAACCUUAAACGAAACCUGUGCCUCAGGCAGAUAUUCCUAUGUCAACUUAGCCUUCCUUAACAAAUUCGGAAAUGGCCAAACCCCAGAAAUCAAUCUUGCCGGCCACUGCAAUCCCGCUGUCAACGGAUGCACAAUCAUUGGCCCACAAAUCAAACACUGUCAAAAAUUAGGUGUCAAAGUAAUGUUGUCUAUUGGUGGUGGCGUUGGAAAUUACUCUUUAGCUUCCAAAAAAGACGCCAAAAUUGUUGCACGUUAUUUAUGGAAAACAUUUUUGGGAGGACGUUCCUCUUUUAGGCCUUUAGGAAAUGCUAUUCUUGACGGAAUUGACUUUGAUAUUGAGCUUGGAUCAUCUCUUUUUUAUGAAGAUUUAGCUAAAUACUUGAAAGUUUAUGGUAGAAUUGGAAGAAAAGUGUACUUAACUGCAGCUCCACAAUGCCCAUUUCCAGAUAGAUUGCUUGGUACUGCUUUAAAUACAGGGCUUUUUGACUUUGUUUGGAUUCAAUUUUACAAUAAUCCUCCUUGUCAGUAUACUCCUAAUAAUACUGAUAAUCUAAAAAAUUCUUGGAUACGGUGGACGUCGUCGGUGAAGGCUAGAAGGAUAUUUUUAGGGCUUCCGGCGGCACCACAAGCUGCCGGAAGUGGGUUCAUUCCGACGGAUGUGUUGACCGGCGAGAUUCUUCCGGUGAUUAAAAAGUCGCGCAAGUAUGGUGGUGUUAUGUUGUGGUCAAAAUUUUGGGAUGAGCAAACUGGAUAUAGUGCUUCAAUUCUGAAAAGUGUGUGAAAAUUGUUUGUGGGUAAUUUAGAAAUAAUUAAAGCCGAAAGGCUAUGAAUUAAGCAUUUGUCGAUGAAAAACCAUUUGGAUUUUUCUACCUUUCUGAAA